AUGAAGCGCAUUCUGACCUCCUUCAGCAAGCGGUCCGGUCCAACACCGGAAGGUCCGUCGUCAUACGCUGAGGAUUCUCCCGAGGGUAUUAUCCUGAGAGAAGUGACUGCAUUUUGCGAGGCGGCUCCAAACGAUACACAAGGAAACGAGUUCGUCCAUCUGCCCGCUAUUGUUGAAAGUGCGGAGUCUAGCCCCAAUGCCGCCAGAGAAGCAGCGCACCGCAUCCGCAAGUUAUUAUCCGAUCCAGCGUCAACGCCGACCAAUAUACAGUAUAAUGCGAUCAUGCUGAUCCGCAUACUCGUCGAUAACCCUGGUCAUACUUUUACACGGAACAUUGAUGCCAAAUUUGUCGCAACGGUGAAAGACCUCUUGCGCCAGACGAGGGACUCGAACGUGCAAGGUUUCCUCCGGCAGACUCUGGAUGCUUUGGAGAUGCAGCGUGGAUGGGAUGAGGAUCUUGCUCCACUUCUGCAGAUGUGGACAAGGGAAAAGACCAAGCUCAAAAGGACUAAUAGUGGGAGUACAUGGAGGUCCCAGGUUUCAUCCCAGACUUCACCGCAACCACAACAGCCUCGUCCCGAUUAUUUUGGCCCGCGCCAGACCGGAACCUUGCCAUCCCCAGAUGAACUCGCUGCUCGUAUCACUGAAGCCAAGACAUCGGCAAAACUGCUCGUACAGUUCGUUCAGUCGACGCCUCCCGCAGAGAUGGCAGAGAACGAGCUUAUCAAGGAGUUCUCUGACCGAUGUCGGUCGGCAUCACACACCAUUCAGCACUACAUUCACUCGACAAACCCUCCCCCGGACGAGGAUACUCUCCUGACCUUGAUUGAAGCGAAUGAUGAGCUUUCCAUGUCGCUAUCCAGGCACCAACGUGCUCUUCUUAACGCGCGUCGAGCCUUAGGACAAUCAGGUAGCCAGUCACCCUCGCCGCCUGAGACCACGCCAUUAGGUGUUUCUAGUGCUAGUGCUAUUCCCCCACCGGUGCCUCCACGCGAUACGCAGAACCCCUUUAUACCACCGGCAAUGCCCUUGGCGUCAUCAAGCCCCAGCGGGAUUCCACCCCCGAUGAAUAACGGCACGGGACGGUCAGAGUAUCGGUCGGAGGACUUUCAGGUGCACAACCCAUUCGCCGAUAACUUCAGCACCACUGCUACCGGCCCACCAGAAGGACGGAGAGAGGGAACAACGAACGACUCGUGGUACGAUCCGUAUCCACAACCUAUACAGCGCGCGUGA